AUGGGAGUAUCGACGGUGUGGCUGGCGCAGACUCCAUUGCGCCUCCCCCGGCGAAUCCACGUUUGUGGUGCCAUCACUGCAAUACUCAGCUGGAAUUUGCAGCUGGAGCAUCCUAUGUUCAGUGCUACCUUUGCAGGUGGGGAGCAUGAAUGUAGGUUACCAGCUACAUGCUGCAAGCCUUGCAGUGCAAGGGUUUGCCAAUCAUUGGGUUGUCAACAAGAGUUGCGCAUGCACCAUUCAGGGUGA